AUGACUGGUAAAACUCUCCGGGUUUACCCAUCUCCUCUUGCAACUUACGAUCAAGUCGUGGCUGACAAGGAUCUCUUCAUGUCUACAUUGGCCAACUUACACUCUCAAAUGGGUACAAAAUUUUGGAUUCCGAAGGUAAGAUUUGAGGAUAUGGACUUGCAUAAGGUUUUUUGCGAGGUUACUUCACGUGGUGGAAUCGAACAGAUAGUACUUAGAGAACAGAAAUGGAAGGAUGUAUUUGAUACGUUUAACUUCCCCAAAUCACAACGAAACCCCAUCUUUAUCCUACAUAUGCGCAGACUCUACUACUCGCUACUUCACAACUACGAGAUCAUCUACUUCUUCAAAGCUCCUGGCCUGUUUCCUACAUGUAUUCAGAUUUCACUUACUUGCUACUUCAUAGUUACGAGAUCAACCACUUCUUCAAAGACUUGGCUUACGAAGAUGAGCCUCUCUUCUCUCUUUUCAGUGACCGGAUUUGUGUAUGGAAAAAAUGAGAGUGGUUAUCUUGUUACUUUCACAAUGGGAUCAUGGAACCUGGAAGGAGUUUUGUAUGAGUCUACAGAGAAGAGAAUUAUUAUUGAUGCUUUGCCGCUGCAACAAUGGCCUCCCAAGGAGAACACUGAAGCUGAUGUUCUAAUGCAAGAAUCGGAGGAAAAUGAAGAUGAGGAAUACUAUUCUGAUUCCGAAGUGGAAGAUCUGUCUCUUUGGGCUGAGCAAACGACUCAUAUGGAGAAAGCCAGUGACUUGAUGGUGGCCGGUGAGCAGAGCUCUUAUUCUCUAUUUUUUGUUAUGACACAGGGUUGA